GGAGCAUUCUCGCUGGCAGCCUGGGCCACGGGCAGCCGGAGCCGCGGUCGAGCAGCCAGCCGCUUGGAAAGAGCUUGUCGCCGCCCCCGGAGCCGCCGAGGCCAGCUUGGCGGCGCUGCCCCGCGGCGGGAGAGGGAGCCUGCAGGAGGGAGGCGGCAGCGGCCGGCCAGUCUGCGGCGCCGCCCGGGAGCCCCGCGAGCCCCGCGCCCGCACCCGCACGCACCCGCCGCGGCGGCUCGCGCCUUUCUCCGCCUCCGGGCGCCGGGCCUCUCGGCACUCCCCGCCCCCGGCCAGAGCCGCGGCGCGGCGGCCGGAGGAGCAGCAUGGAUCUGCGGCUCUGCGUGCAGGCGCUCCUGCUGCUCUGGCUCUCCCUGACGGCGGUGUGCGGAGGGCCCCUGCUGCAGCCUCCUGACGGGCAGGGGCUGGAGGAAGGCGAUGUCCGCUACCUGGUGCAGCCCAGAGGGUCGAGAAACGGACCAGGGCCCUGGCAGGGAGGGCGGAGGAAAUUCCGCCGCCAGCGGCCGCGCCUCUCCCAUAAGGGCCCCAUGCCUUUCUGAAGCAGGACUGGAGAGGCCCUGAAGCGCCCACCCCCUGCGAUUCUCUCUACUCUAUAGAUUGGCCUGCUUCUCUGGUGCCCUCACGCCCGUUCGCCGUUCAUCUUGCACCCAUCCCAGCUGCUGAUGGUCCCGCUUCUUCUCACCCACCAGCUUCCCUGAAUUGCGUGGUCCUGCCCCUGGUGCGGGUGGUUCCCUUUCUCUCACAAGGAUCCAUUCAGCCCCUCUGCCCAGCCCCUCCCCAGACUGGCCUUGGAGGCCUUGCACUGGAAGGCCGUCCUUCUUGUCCCUGGCACGCCCCCCUCUCUGGUCCCCACUUCUUGCAUCUAACACCUAACCCUUUACUAGGCGCUUCCUUCCUCAGGUAUGCCCUGGGGGCCUAGUGGAAGCUCCCUUCUUCAAUGGGCUCCAGGAGAUCCCAUGUUUUUGUGUCACUUGGACCCUUCAUCCAGCCUCCAGAGGGGAAUAGAGAGAUGAGCAAUGAGAGACUCCAGUCAGAGGGGCUGGGGCAUUGGGAUGCACACAGGGUGCCUUGGGGGACACUGGAAAGCGGGUUGGUGCUCUGGCAAAGGGUGAAGCAUUGGGGAAGAGGAGGAAGAGCUGCUGUGGCCUCUUCUUCACCCUGAUGCUUGUCUGGGUUAGGGAAGAGGUGAAGGAGCGGGGCCGUGAAGUACUCUGUCACUUCUCUCACCUUUCCCUGUGUUCUCAUACCCUCCCCACCUGCCAACUCCCACCCCAGCUAGUUCAAACUCCACCUCAGGAGGAGAGGGUGCUGGGCCUGAGAUGGCUCUAUACUCUCCCAGGACCAAAAACCAAGCAGGAGGAUCAUUUUGGUCAAGAAUCACAGCCAAAAGGAACCUUGGAGAUCUCUUAGCUCUGCCUCCUUCUGCAAACUCCUAUAAGGACGGAGGCCUGGAGGGGGUAGUGACCUGCUCAGGGUCACUGCUGAGCCAGAAUGAGGACCCGGGUCUCCCAACUCCCACUUGAUGAUGUCCUCUUCCCUCUUGAUCAUGUUUUUCAAAACCCAUUAAGUGCCUUUUCCCGGGGACGGGGCUGAGGGUAGCUGGGAAGGGAGAGGCUAGCCGGCCGUGAACUGCCCCGUGGUGGUGUGGGGACGGAGCUGCUCCCGCCUCCCUGGCCUGCCUCCGCUGGUCCAUUCCCCAAUCUGAGCUGAAAAGUUCUGUAAGUGGCCAGCUGCCCCUCUCCUGCAGCACUCGCAGACCCUGGGUAUUUUCAUGGGGGCAGCUCGGGCACUGAGACUACCAUUGCAACCCCAGUGCUGGUUUUCAGGAGCCAGGACGGGGCCUUGACCAACUGGACUCAAUAGCCUUCCCUUCUUGUUGACUGGACCUUCCUUCCCAGUGACCUGUCCAUCGUAGGGGAGGUGGGGGGAGAAGAAGAAGGAAGGGAGGAAGGGAGGGAGGGGAGGAAAGGAGGAAGGGAAGACAGGAGGAAGUGUAGGUCUGAGCAGGCUUUUUUUUCCAGAGGCCUCCCGGGAGGGAGAAAAGGGAAGACAAGAGCCUGAUGGCCACCUAUGUAUAUAUGGGGGCAGGGGGAGUCAGGGCCCCCCGAGUCCCACAAUAACCCCGAGGUUUGCCUAUCCGCCUCUCCCCGUUACCUCCGCUGCUGCUAAUGCUACUACUACUGCUGCUGCUGCUGCUGCUGCUUCCAGGCCCGCCCUGGGGAGCCAGGCUGGGCUCCUGCCUCCCCCACACCCCUCAGGCUCGGAGUGGGGGCUGGCCAGUGUCCAGAAAGCCUCUUUCGCCACUGACGCCCCUACCAGGGACCGGGCCUUUCCCCCUCCUCCUCUCUGCAUCUCCUGCCGCAUCAGCUGCCCAGCCCCAUGGGGAAGGGGGGAAACGAGGGACAGCUGGGAAAGUCAGGAGACACAGGGCAGAGGACAGUGGGAGGCUGGGGGGCUGUCUUAUUUAAAGUGGUUGUGUAUGAUUCUUAUACUAAUUUAUAUAAAGAUAUUAAGGCCCUUUUCAUUAAGAAAUUGUCCCCUUCCCAUAAUUGUGUUCACUGUGUUUGUAAAGAUUGUUCCAUGUAAAUAUGUCUUUAUAAUAAAGAAUUAAAAGCUGACAAUUUGCCCUUACUCAUGGAGGUCACUUUCAGGAGGGGCGUUCCUGUCCCCUGAGGUCCCUGGUUGUCCCCAUGCCCACAUAUUGCACGUGCAGGGAGGUAAGUGCCUGCAUCCCAAAUUGGUUCUGGGUCAAAUGGCCUCAAACCAGUUUCCCACAAACUCACAAAAGGAAUCUGUACGCUUAAUGACUGGUUCACGUAAAAUUCAGUCCACUUUUAAGUGUUUUGGCAUCUGCCUGGGUGUCCUAUUUUUUUUUUUUUGCAGUGUCAUUUGAAGAAUUUUUAAAAACCCAUUUAUUUAAGAACAUUUUGACUAAAGAUACAACUUCUACUAAAAAUUGUUUUGUAUCCUUGGUGGGUGUCUUCUAUUUUUAUCUACUUUUGAACACUUUCGGGACUUUUUAGCCAGUUUGCCUUUCUUGAAAAAUGUUAUGUUUCCUGCAAUAAAUACAUUUGGUAAUGAC